AUGAGUGUCCUGCUGACAAGCAUAAAAAAGCUGAGAUACUUAUGUUCAGUGAAUGAGAACCAGAGACCAUCAAAUUCGUAUAACGGAGACCUGAAUGGACUGCUGGUGCCUGAUCCCAUUGUGGCUGGAGAUGGACCUUCUUUGUCUAAGCCGGUGCAUCGCAGCAUUUCUCUGGGAGUCCUGCAGGAGAAGCAAGUCAUCUGCCUUUCCGGUGAUGACAGCUCCACUUGCAUAGUGAUAUCAGCAAAAGAUGUGGAGAUAGUGGCCAGCAGUGAUUCCAGCAUCACCAGUAAGGCCAGAGGGAGUAACAAGGUGAAAAUACAGCCUGUUGCUAGAUAUGACUGGGAGCAGAAAUACUACUGUGGCAAUCUGAUAGCUGUUUCAAACUCUUACUUGGCUUAUGCUAUUAGAGCUGCCAGUAAUGGCUCCGCUAUGGUGCGGGUGUUGAGCGUCAGCACUGCUGAGCGGACCUUGCUGAAAGGAUUCACAGGCGGUGUGGCAGACCUGGCUUUUGCCCAUCUCAACUCCAACCAGCUGGCAUGCCUGGAUGAGGCUGGCAACCUUUUUGUCUGGCGCUUGGCCAUGGAGAAAGAGAAAAUUCAAGAGGAGAUCUUAGUGAACAUCAAACGACCUGACAAUACCCCACUGAACACCUCUCGAAGAAUCAUCUGGUGUCCUUUCAUCCCAGAUGAUAAUGAGGAGAGUGGUGAAGAGGGAAGUCAAACAUUGGCAUUGUUGCAUGAGGACAGGGCAGAGGUGUGGGAUUUGGACAUUAUUCGAACAAACAACAGCUCCUGGCCAGUGGAAGUGCCCAGCAUCAAAGAAGGCUUCAUUGUAGUGAAAGGUCACAGCACGUGCCUGAGUGAGGGAGCACUUUCUCCAGAUGGAACUGUGUUGGCCACAGCAAGCCACGAUGGUUUUGUCAAAUUCUGGCAGAUCUAUAUUGAGGGGCAAGAUGAGCCAAGGUGUCUCCAUGAGUGGAAACCCCAUGAUGGUAGGCCCCUCUCCUGCCUCCUCUUCUGUGACAACCAUAAAAAGCAAGACCCAGAGGUUCCCUUCUGGAGAUUUCUUAUCACAGGAGCAGAUCAAAAUAGAGAGUUGAAGAUGUGGUGCACUGUAUCUUGGACCUGUCUGCAGACUGUCCGCUUUUCUCCAGACAUCUUCAGCUCUAUGAGUAUUCUUCCCAGCCUGAAAGUCUGCCUUGACCUCUCCGCUGAAUACCUGAUACUGAGUGAUGUGCAAAGAAAAGUCUUGUAUGUGAUGGAACUGAUGCAGAACCAAGAGGAGGGCAAAGCUUACUUUAGCUCCAUUUCCGAGUUCCUCCUUACCCACCCAGUUCUAAGCUUUGGUAUCCAGGCAGUGAGCCGCUGCCGGUUAAGGCAUACUGAAGUGCUCCCAGCAGAAGAGGAAAAUGACAACUUGAGUGUGGAAGGUGCUCAGGGAGCUGGGGCUGUUGAGUCGGCAGCAGGCGUACUUAUAAAACUGUUCUGUGUGCACACCAAGGCGCUACAGGAUGUACAGAUCAGAUUCCAGCCUCUCCAUAGUCCUGACGUGGCUGCAUCCAUACCUUCCCAUGGCUCUCAUGAAGAAUUUGCCUUUCCAGACCAUAUGGCUGAUCUAAGCACAGAAGGGCUGGGAUCUGAAAAGGGAUCUGUGCACGGCUCUCAACCUGACUUGCGGCGCAUUGCUGAUCUCCCUGUACCAGCAGACUUUCUUUCUCUCUCAAAUGAUGCCAAACCUAAGUUGAUGACUCCAGAUGCAUUCAUGACCCCAAGUACAUCUCUUCAACAGAUCACUGUAUCUCCAGGCAGUAGCGUCAGUUCCCUGACUGCAGUCACAGCCAUGAGUAGCACUUCUGUCACUGACACCUCUAUGCCCAGGGUAUCGGAAGACUUGACGGUGAGCCCCAAGAUGCAGCUGGACACCAGCCUCACGCUGAGUAGCAGUAGCAGCAGUCUUCAAACCAGUCCUAGGAGCCAUUCAGUUCUUAUCCCUAGCCUCCCUGACAAGCUAACACCAAAGGCACCUGUUCCAGUCACGCCGGGAAACCCUUCUCUAGCUCUGGAACUGCAGGAAAUGGAGCCCUUGGUGGUGCCUCAGGCUUCUCCCACCCGUGAACGUUCGCCAGAUGUCAUUUCCUCUGCUUCCACAGCCAUGUCCCAAGAUAUCCCAGAGAUUGCUUCUGAGACCUUGCAACGCAGCUUUGCAGCUGGCCCAUCUGGGCUCCCUGCAGAGGUGCUGGAGCCCAGUCAUCAUGCAGACAGUAUGGCAUCCGCUGCUUCAGCCUUGCAUUUGCUAUCUCCAAGGAACCGGCACAAUUCUGAUCACAGCCACCGCUCUUUGGACAUGCCUCAAGUGGAGGUGGACAGACUGAACGCUCCAUCAUUACUGGAGACUGCUUUAACUCAGGAAAACGCAUCUUCUGACAGUGUUGUGAGUCAGCCUUGGCCAGCAGCUCCUGACAUAACCAGAGAAACUAGGAACAGCAUGGCAGACAGCCCGAGGGAUGAAGUUGAAGAAAAGCACAAGAGCUCUUCCUAUCACCGACACAGCUACCACCUGCUGCAGCAUGACAGCCAGGAUGCUAGUGCAGAACAGAGUGACCAUGACGAUGAAGUUGCGAGUUUGGCUUCUACGUCAGGUGGAUUUGGUGCCAAAGCAUCUACGCAGAGGCUGCCUGUGAAGGACUGGAAAGCCAAGGCAUCCCCUCGGGCUUCCCCAAAGCUAAAACGGAAGGGCAAGAAAGAUGACGGGGAUGUGAACCAGUCACCAAGAUCAUCUAACAACCAGGUGACACCUGAGUUCCAGGAUGAGCUGAUGUGCAUAUUGAGGAGCCAACAGCGAGAGCUCUCUGAGCUGCGUCAGAACCAGAUGGAGCUGCUGCAGAGACUCACGGAUCACCUUGAUGCCAUUCAGAGCUCCCUCAUGGGCCAUGUGGAGAGGGUGAUUGAUUCCCAGCAGGAGCAGGAGCAGAGGAGACUAGACCGAGCACUGACUGAAGGACAGCAGCGCAAUGGGCAGCUCCAGGAGCAUCUUUCUCAGCAGCUCUCUCAGUCUCUCUCCACUGCAGUGUGUAAUCGUCUGGAGAGAACCAUUCGUGAAGAGAUGAAGAAGACAGUACCCCAGUGCAUUUCCAAGAGCAUGGAACCUAUUGCUGGCCAGCUAAGUAACACUGUUGCCGCCAAGCUCACUGCUAUUGAGGGCACACUGAAAGAGAACAUCACCAAACUAGUGAAAUCAAAGAACCUUACAGAUACCGUUGUGAGGGCAACGGCCGAUACCCUGCAAGGACCAAUCCAAUCAGCGUACAGGGAAGCAUUCCAAAGUGUUGUGUUGCCAGCCUUUGAGAAGAGCUGCCAGUCCAUGUUCCAGCAAAUCAAUGAAACCUUCAAGCAGGGCACACAGGAAUAUAUCCAGCAGCUUGAGACGCACAUGAAGCUCAUCAGCACCUUCCAGAGCACCACUGAGCAACUGGCUUCCACCAUUGCGGCCAGUGUCCAUGCUGAGGUGCAGCAUCAGCUGCAUAUUAUUGUGGGCAACCUGCAGAAGUUUAUUUUGGCCCAGGUGCAGAGAGUCAUUAAAGGAGAAGUGAGCCUGGCUAUGAAGGAGCAGCAAGCAGCUGUCACCUCAAGCAUUGUCCAGGCGAUGCGCUCAGCGGCAGGGACUCCAAUCCCAUCUACUCACAUGGACUUCCAGUCUCAGCAAACUCACAUCCUUCAGCUGCUGCAGCAAGGACACCUCAAUCAAGCUUUCCAGCAGGCUCUAACAGCAGCUGAUCUCAAUCUGGUCCUGUAUGUCUGUGAGACUGUGGAUCCUCAGCAAGUAUUUGGCCAGCAUCCAUGCCCGCUGUCCCAGCCUGUGCUCCUGUCUCUCAUUCAGCAGCUCUCCUCAGAUUUGGGUACUCGUACAGAACUGAAACUGAAUUACUUGGAGGAAGCAGUGAUGCACCUGGACCACAGUGACCCCAUUACCCGUGACCACAUGGGGUCUGUCAUGAACCAGGUGCGGCAGAAGCUCUUCCAGUUCCUCCAGGUGGAACCCCACAACGCGCUGAGCAAGCCUGCCCGUCGCCUCAUGAUCAUGCUUCAGGGCCUGGUCACCCCUAGCAUGACCUAGGAGAACCUUGCUAUCUUGUGGGCUGCUCCAUGGAAGCCCACCCAGCAGAUCCAGUAGUAACUAACCAUGUAUGGCUUGUGUUAAGAGCUCUUGCCAGGAAAUCUAUCAACAUGUGUGUGAUGUCUCUAAGGCAAACACCAUCUGUGUAUAGUCCCAAAUAAUUGCUGAACACUCACUUGGCUUAUUUUCCUAAACAGCCUUGUUUUGAGAGUUAAGUCUCCUCUUCACCUGCCCAUCUGUCCCUAAGGCCUGGCUGGCAGUCCAAGUUGCAUUCAGCAGAAGCCAGUGGAUUUCUUACCCCUUUAGUUUGCAGUCUGUGGCCAUGAGUAGAGGAGAAAGGAGGUGUGCACUGAGCCUGAGCAAGGGGGCUGGAGGAACGUGCGCGCCUCAUUGACAAGAAACUUGUACCUGUACCUUAGUCAAGUAGUUGGAAACCCUCCUCAGAGGGAAGUGCUCCCUGGUAGGAUUGGUAGGUGGAAGGAUAUCAGACAAGGACGAAGAGGGGUUUUAUCUAACUCCGGGUCUGCACUGCCACAGCUGCUCCCACACAGUGCAGGCCGAUAUGGGCAAUGGGGCUGUGCAUGCAUGUCUUUCUGGUUCUGGAGUGAGCUGAGGAGGUGCUCUGGGUUCAGAUGGUCAGGAAGCAGCAAGCUGCAAGAGCCCCUCAGGGCCUUUGGUUCUCUUUGUAUUGGAGCAUGUCCAUGGAUCAGAUAUUUCCUUUAGUUUUGAUUUUACACCAGAGUUUUUCUUCUUAUCUAAAAUUUGAAUUUUUUUUUUGAAAUAACAUUAAGAAGAAUUCAAUAAACA